AUGUCGUUAAGAUGUGGAUCAAGAAACUGCGGUGAUACAGAAAUUGCACAUGAAAAUGAAAUAGCUUUUUAUCAAGAUUUAAAUAAUGGAGGCUGGUGUUUAGGAUUGGUAUCAGAAAUUGUUUCUGAAGAAUCUAAGCUCCCACCUAAUAUUAGCUUACUUACUCUCGAAGAUGACAGAUUUCCAUUUGCAAUUCUAUGCAAACGUUGCAAUGGAAAACUUGGAAAGGUUUUGGUAAUUGCCGGUUUCCAUGAUUUUACAGCAAGUUUUUCGCCAAAACAUACAUUUUUGGUCGAGAGACGACAUAGUCUUCCGAUUAGACCAAAAGGCUAUUCCAAGUGGAAACAAUAUAUGGACAAUUUUUCAAAAAUUCGUCGCAUAACCGCAAACAUUACAGAUUUUUCUCCAUUGGUCGGAUUGGAUACCAUUCAUUUCCAUGGACCAGGAGAUUUGAAAGACAUUUUUGAAUACGGAAAACAAGUGGCUCAAAGAUCAAAUUUAAAUCCUAGACGUUAUCAAUGGAGAGCUUUUGUCUUUUCGUGUCUGAAUAACUGUUUGAUGUGUCUGCCGACGGGAAUGGGAAAGACUCUCAUUGCAAAUAUGGUUAUGAAAGCUUAUCAUCAGCGAAAUCCUAACCAGGGACAAGUUUUUAUUGUUCCCACAGUUGUUCUGGUCACCCAACAAGCUGAUGCGUUUGAACAAAACACUGGACUGAAAGCUAAAAGACGAAGUUCCCAACAUCCAACUGUGCUCUGGAAAUACGAUGAUAUUUGCUUUUGUACGCCAGCAAUGUUUGUCAAUGCAGUCAGAACAAAACAAAUUGAUAUGAACCAAUUGUCAGUGUUGGUACUAGAUGAAGCUCAUGAAGGCCACAAAUCUAAUUCGGAUUAUGGAAAUGUAGUUUCUUACAUCAUAAAGUGCCCUUUAUCAGAACGUCCACGCAUUCUUGGUCUCACAGCAUCGCCUUCGGGACUAAGUACAACAGAUAUUCAUCCAACGAUUUCAUCGCUCUGCACCAAACUCACAGCAUUACCAUUCUCACCCCUCAUUGAUGAUGAAAAAAAUAAAGAAGAUGCACAAAAAGUAGAAAGCUGCUACGUUGCAAUUCCAAAAUCUGCUUUUGAAGCUCAUUUCGAAAUGUUUGUUUUUGAUACACUUGAAGAUUUGUCAAAACUUCAUGACUUCUUCAAAAUGCAUUGGACUCCAAUUCCAAAACAUAUCUUUACGAAAUAUAAGAUUGAUAUUGCUUUGACAAAUUUACAACAUUCAAAACUGGUUGCAUAUUCACAAAAUGACAACGUAUUGCUGCAGUUGACUAUGUUAAUGACUAAAUGGAUUGAUGCUUUAGACAUGUUCACAAUAUAUGGACCAAAGAAAGUGAUCGAAUCCAUCAGAGAAUAUUUGGAAUUUACACAAUUGAAGAACCAUUUUUUGCCAUUCUUAAAUCCAAUUUUGUGCAAAAUUAAGAACGAUUUAAGUUUAAUGGAAAAUCGUUGGGAAAUUCCAAUAGAUUCGCCUCGUGUUGGACAAUUGCUAAAUUAUAUCAAAAUGAAUAUGAAUGAACAAGAACGAAUUUUGGUAUUCGUGGAACGUCGUAACACAACAGAGAGACUUUACCGACGGUUAAUUGAUGAUGAAGAAUUUGCAAAAUUGAAUCCUGAAUAUCUUUAUAGCUCAAAUAAUAACGGAAUGGAUAAAGAGAUUCAGAGAAAUGUGUUGAAAAAGUUUAAUGAAGGCAAAUGUCGGGUGCUGAUUUCCACAUCAGUUCUCGAACAAGGACUCGAUGUAUCUUCAUGCAAUGUUGUCAUUUGCUUCAAUGGUGUUAAUUCUACAACUUCCAUAAUCCAAUCGCGAGGUCGUGCAAGAAAGGACAAAUCGAAAUUUAUUGUUUUUGUUUCACCUGAAAAACAAAAACAUGUUAAUGACCUAUCAUCAAAGGAAUCUCAAAUUGAUUAUGUCAUUUGUCAAUUGAUGAACGAGUACAAAGCGACUUUUGAUUCAUCACUUAAUCAAGAUAUUGAGAAUUAUCUCGAAAGUAUCAAUGAAACUUUUGACUUUAAUGAAACAGAAACAAAUGAAGAAAUUUUCAGUGACGAUGAUGACGACGAAAGUGACGAUGAAAAUGAAAAGAAAUUCUUCAAACUUCAGUUCUUCAACUAUGCAAAUGGAGAUGAUUUAGCUGAACAUAUCAUCGCAAAUUUCAAUUCAAAAUAUGAUCGAUUGACAUUUAAGAAGCAGCACAUAGAAGCUCAAUUUUCAAUGAACAGUUCAACUGAUGAUGAACUAAAAAUCAUUAAGAAUAUUUCUUCACAUUCCGUUGGUAGUAAAGUUGGAAAUCCUCGAUCGUGGAUGAGAAUUCUCAGUUCAACUGAAAAUUUUUAUGAAAUGAAUAUAAGAAAAGGGUUGUCAUUGAAGUUUCAAAGUUUGUCAGGAUUUCACUUUGAAAACACAAAAACUGUCGAGCUUGAUGGUAUUUGGGAAGGAGAAAUAAUGAUGAAUGUUGAGAAAAAUCAAAUCAUUAUUUCAAAAUACGAUAAACAUUUCAUAAUCAGCGCAUUUGACGUUGACAAUCCAAUCCUGAUCAAUGAUUCAAAUAAUCAACUUGAAGUCUUUAUUUGUAUGCGCAAUCCACCAAGUUUCUUUAUUAACAAUGAAUAUGCUUCAUUUGACUUCACAAAUCGUUCAUUCAAUUUAUGUUUGAGAAGCUCGAUUUCGAUCAGCUCCGAACUUUCAAAAGAACUUUUCAUUUCAAUGCAAAGCUUCAGUUUACAAGUUUUUCAUGUUUUCAAUUUAUUUAUCAAGCAUGAUUUUCAACGACCACCGAUUAAUAUGCCAAAUAAUGACUUUGAUAAAAAUUAUCUCAUCAAAGAAUGGCACGAUAAACAUGCAGCAGUUUUCCCGCCGAUCCUUCCAACUCAUGUCGUCAAAGCAUUUUUUUCUAUCAAAUCAACAAUGCUUACACUUGUUUUAGAUGCAACAAUUCCAAUAAGAUUUCAAAAGUUGAAUCUGCCACAAGUUAAAGACUAUAACUUUCCUUUUGAAGAUUGUAAGCCAUUGAAGAACUACGCGAUGAUAGGACGAGUUAAAGUCACCCCGUCACGAAUUAUCGUCCAAUCAAAAGAAUUAAUUCAGUUAAAUCGAGUUUUUCGUUUUUUUCCUGAUCCACAAAAUUUUCUUCUUGUGAAGUUCUCGGAUGAAUACGAUGGAAAUCCAUGGCGGUCAGAAUAUAUCGAAAAGAAAUUUUUAAAUAUCCUUGAAAAUGGUUUUGAAAUUGGAGGAAAACGUUUCAUUUUUCUUGGUUGUUCAAAUUCUCAACUUCGUGUUGGUCAUUGUUGGUUUUCAUGUUUGGAUCGUGACGAAGUUUAUAGAAGAAUUGGAAAUUUUCCUUCAACAAUGAUUGCUGGUCGAAAACUUACCAGACUUGCAUUAGCUUUUGCUUCAAGCAUUGAAACUGUUCAGAUUGAUUCAACAUAUCUGAAUAAUGUGAAACCCGAUAUCAAACAUGAUAACAUUUGCUUUAGUGAUGGCAUAGGACGAGCUUCUCCAAGUUUAUUCAAGAAAAUCCAGGAAAUCAUGGACAUUCCACAACAUGUGUCUGCAUUUCAAGUUCGAAUUGGCGGCAUCAGAGGCGUGAUAAGUUUAUACGAUCAAAAAGAAGAUGUGAUGUUUAGAGAUUCAAUGAAGAAGUUUGAAAGCUCACAUAACAUGCUUGAAGUCUUGAAUUACAGUCGACCAAUUAAACUUCUUUUGAAUCGUCAUGUGAUUCUUCUUUUGUCAACCUUUGGAGUGUCUGAUAAAGUUUUUCUUGAUCUUCAAUACAAUCAAUUGACAGAAAUCAUGGAAUCUUUGUCACAAGAUGAAACUUCGUUAUCUUUCGUUAAAUCACAUUCGAAAAUAUUUAAUUGGGAAAGAUUUCAAUCUAAUCUGAUCGUUCAAGAGCCUUUCUUUCGACAAUUGCUGGUGAACAAUGCAACUUCAUUAGUAUCAGGAAUUGUUGAGCAUGCAAACAUUGAAGUCGCGAAAGGACGAGUUUUAAUGGGCGUUCUUGAUGAGACUGGCACGUUGAAAUAUGGAGAAAUUUACGCUCACAUCAUUGAAGAUGGAAUUGACAUGGUACUCGAAGGAACUGUCAUUGUGUUUAGAAAUCCUUGUGUUCUACCAUCAGACAUUCGAAUUCUUAACGCUCGAAGACAUUUUUUGCCAGAGAACUUCAAACAAUUUUAUAAAAAUUGUCUCGUUAUUCCUUCACGUGGCGUUGAUUCACAUGCACGUGAAUGUGCUGGUGGUGACUUAGAUGGCGAUCUUUAUUACAUUAUUUGGGAUCAAAAUUUUAUUCCCCCAAAUAUUCAACCACCUGGCUACAAAGUUGUUGAAGUUGCAACACAACCAAUCUCAAGUCACAAAUCAACUGUUUUGAUUGGAAAUGAUCACAAAGAAAUGAUGAAAUUUUUCUGUGAUUACGUUUCAAAGAAUCAACUGGGAAUUCUUGCAAAUGCUCAUCUCGCAACGUCUGAUAAGUUUGGAAUGUGUGAUGAAAGAAGUAUUGCACUGGCACGUUAUGUCGUAGCUGAAACUGAUGCACCAAAGAAAGGAUUUACAGUUGGUAAAGUUAAAGCUGAAUUGCUUCCAUCAGAGUACCCUGACUUCAUGGGUAAAGUUGAUAAACUAUUAUACCGUUCGAAGACUAUACUUGGUGACCUUUAUCGACAAGCCUCUCCAAUUUUAAACAUCUUGUUGGAGAAAAAACCUAAAUUGCAUUCAAAUCCGAAUUUCAACAUUGAUUACUCUCAUUCAAUUGAACGUCAUUACACUCAAUAUUGUUUUGAAAUCCAAAGAUUUUUAAAGAGUUUUGAAUUGGAUUCUGAAGCUGAACUUUUCUCGGGUACACCAAGAUGGCGACGUGGCCUUUAUUCAAUUUAUAAGCAACAAACACAUUUGCGUGCUAUAGUUGAAGAGAAUGUAAAGGAGUUUUGGAAAAAAUGGCUUUUGAUCUUUGAAAAAUGGUUGAAUGAGAAUGGACACAAUCAGGAAAGAAUUGUGGAAUGGUACAAUCGUCCAAAAUCAAGUCAAUGGCCGGCUCAUAGCUUUUCAAUGCUCGCCUUUCCUUACGUUGACUUUGAAGAGAAGAAAAGAAAAACUAUGAUCGAGUUUAUUGAGGGCUCCACAAAACGAUGGAUUUGCUACAAUAAAAUGACUUGGCUGAAUGAAUGGCACAUCCGUUUCAAUGUUGGUCAAUCAGUGAUGAGCAAAUUAAGAGGAAUUGAUUGUCAUUUCUAUGGCAGUUCUAUGCUUGGAUUAAGUGAAGACUUUUCAGACAUCGAUAUUUAUGCUGCUGAUAACAACAUGGAAAGUUUAAUUAAAGCUUUGUUAGAAAUUGAUCCGAAAGCUUUCGCCUCGAAGAAACCACAUGAAUGCGUUAGUUUGACAUUUCAGUCCCUUCCUAUUGAUGUCACAAAUUUCCAAGGUGGUGUUAUAAAAUCUUACGGACUUGCAGAAGUGUUUGAUGAGAAUGAAGGUUUAUGGCCAGCACUUCGUGUGUUGAUUGAAUGGGGACGAACAGUUAAUAUAAUUAAAUCUGGUGGUAGUCAAGGUAUCAUGACAGUAAUCUCAUUUUGUCACAUGUUCGUGUACUGUGCGACUAAACAACCUCCAAAGCUCGCCACAAAAAUAACGCCUUACACAAUAACAAGAAUCAGCGGAUGGAUUGAUUCAUGUGAAAAGACAAAUUGUGGAAAUUUGAUUUACGAUUUCUUGAAUUUUCUAAGAGACCCGAAAAAUGGGCCGAUUGUUGGUAACAUGAAGGAUCCGUUUAAUGGCGAGCCUUUGAUUCGCAGAGAUUUGUUUGAUGAGCUUAACAAGAAUGCAAAUAUCGCUCUUUAUAUCCUCGCUCUUCAUGAUGGCGACAUUAGAAAAAUGUUUGAGUUUUCUACCAAAAAGCGUCUCUUCAAAAUCCACAAACAAUACUUGGAUCCAACAACUGCAACUGAACUUCUAAAAGAACAAGCACUUAACCAUAUCCGAGCGAAUUGCAAUCCCAAUAAUUGUCAACAUUUAACAUUUGAGCUUUUAAACCGAAGUGGUUGCUUUUAUCUUGAAGUUUUCGGCGAACACAAUCAUUUAGGAGUUGUUGAGAACUUCCUCAAGAAAAUCCACAAAAAUUUUUUGGGUUACUCCUAUCGUAAAUUGAUUCGAAAUAAAGCUCAUCACAUUAAAAGUGCGACAAUGUUAAUUCCUGAAUAUAAUCAUGGCAUUCUAACACAAUUCACAUUUGCACCUAUUCAAACUCCCCAUUUUAUGCCAAAACAUACUGGAAACUUAUUGUUAGCUUUAGUGAUGCGUGACAGAGAAAAGAAUUUGAAAUGGGAAGAAGAGGAAUAUCAAAGAUAUUGCAAUCGAUUCUUACAUCAAUUGGAGAUUUAUGAAAGUAAGAAAAGAAAUGCAAAACGAGGAACAAAUGCUUGGCGUUUUCUUGGUGAAUUAAAAUGUACAAUCCGCACUGGAAAUCAUUACUUAUUUAAUGUUCCAUCAUCAAUAAUUAAUUCUUUUGAGACAAUAACAUUGUUCCAUAUUGAAAGACAUCUUUCAGUAAGAGAAGAAGAAUUAACUUUGGAAUCAGAAAAUAAAAUAUUGAGCGAAAUAAUGACUUAUAACAAAAAUACUUUAUUUCAACCAUCACGUCAGCAGCAAAGCUUUGAAGAUAAAAAACCAUUAGAGUUGAUGCAAUUACAAGAAUGGAAAAAUCGCAUUCAAAACAAAGCUUCAAAAACAGCCCAUGAAGUAAAACCAGUUGACAUAAAAUUGAGGACAGAUAAGAUGCGUCAUUCAUUCUAUCCAUUGUAUAAAUACAGCAGUCAUGACAAGGCAAUUGAAUUUGCAAGAUUGAAUGGCUUUAGAGAAGUUCAGACGACACUUGAUGAUAAUUAUACAUCAAUAUCGAUACUUUGGCGACAACGUGAACUUCGAGUGUUGACAACCUUUGAUGGAAUGAUCAAAGAAAUCAAGUAUCGUACAACACGAUGGCUUUCAACAUCAUUCUUAAGAGAAGAUCUUGCUGGUGAAAAUGAUGUAAGAGUUUAUCUACAAAGUCAAUCAAUGCUUGAUGAAGACGAUUCUUGUCUUGAAACGGUGAUUGCUUUCUUAGAAGGUCGAUCAAUUUUUCGACCAGAAUUAAUGGACCAAAUCAAAAAUUAUAACGCAACUGGAAAUCUCACGGAAUGUUUCACUUCAAUUCCAUUGAUUCAGGAUAUGUUUCGAUUUAAUUGGCGUUUUAAAACAAUGCGAUACAUCGUCGCGUUGCGGAAAUUUAUUAAUUCAUCAAAUGAUGUCAUUUUACUUUGCGAAGUGCAUGAUGGAAUAUUUAUAGCCGAAACUCGCGAGUACGAAUGGUUCCGAAGCCACAAAGAAUUUGUGAUUAAAUUAAAUGUUGCCAAUAGAAGUAGCCAAGAGUUAUGUCAAGACUCUUAUUUGAUGGCCUUAAAACUUUUCAAAGCAACAAAAUAAUAAUGAGCAAAUAUGAUCAAAACUUAAUGAAUUAUACUUAAUAGAACUGAUGUAAAAGCCUUUUUUUACAAUUGAAAUAAAUAUUUUUGACCUAAAAGAACCUCAUUUCAUUUGAG